CGCCCAAUGGGAUGCGCGGAGCGUCACUUCCCGGCGGCGGGAGGCGAGUGGCGAGAGCCCGGGACGGCCGGCGGGGGCGGGACGGCCCGAGGAGGCGUUGGCAGCGGGCUCGGACCCACGCGGCGCCGCGGCCCGCCUGGUCUGCAGCGCUCCCACCCCCGGCGGCGGCGGCACGAUGCCCUUUGACUUCAGGAGGUUUGACAUCUACAGGAAGGUGCCCAAGGACCUUACGCAGCCAACGUACACCGGGGCCAUUAUCUCUGUCUGCUGCUGCCUCUUCAUCCUCUUCCUCUUCCUUUCGGAGCUCACCGGAUUCAUAACCACAGAAGUCGUGAACGAGCUGUACGUCGAUGACCCAGACAAGGACAGCGGGGGCAAGAUUGACGUCAGCCUGAACAUCAGUUUACCCAAUCUGCACUGUGAGCUGGUUGGGCUGGACAUUCAGGAUGAGAUGGGCAGGCAUGAGGUGGGCCACAUCGACAACUCGAUGAAGAUCCCUUUGAACAACGGGGCAGGUUGCCGCUUCGAGGGACAGUUCAGCAUCAACAAGGUCCCUGGCAACUUCCACGUGUCCACACACAGUGCCACAGCGCAGCCACAGAACCCAGACAUGACACAUGUCAUCCACAAGCUCUCCUUUGGAGACACGCUACAGGUGCAGAACGUCCACGGAGCUUUCAACGCGCUCGGGGGAGCAGACAGGCUCACCUCCAACCCCCUGGCCUCCCACGACUACAUCCUGAAGAUCGUGCCCACGGUUUACGAGGACAAGAGCGGCAAGCAGCGGUACUCCUACCAGUACACGGUGGCCAACAAGGAGUAUGUUGCCUACAGCCACACGGGCCGCAUCAUCCCUGCCAUCUGGUUCCGCUAUGACCUCAGCCCCAUCACGGUCAAGUACACAGAGAGACGGCAACCGCUGUACAGGUUCAUCACCACGAUCUGUGCCAUCAUUGGCGGGACCUUCACUGUCGCCGGCAUUCUGGACUCAUGCAUCUUCACAGCCUCGGAGGCCUGGAAGAAGAUCCAGCUGGGCAAGAUGCACUGACGUUGCGCCCGGCCCAGCGGCCAAGGUCCCGAGGAGGGCCGCCAGCCCCACCUCCAGCACCCUGUCUCCUUUUGCCCUCAGUCUGGCCCGGAAUCUGGCUGUGUCCCAAAGAACGUUUGGGAGGUGGGGGGAAGGUAGAGGGUGGCUCAAGGUUUCGCAGCUACCUCUUUUCCCCAUGUUUUAGACAACUUGUACCGCCCGAAGUUGUGGUUCCCCUUUCCCUGGGGAGCCCUAAGGCUACAGUCAGGCAAGAAGGACUCCAGGGAUAUUGGGGACCCCUUCUGGGAGGGCUGCAGUCUCUUCCCUCACAGGGGAACAGCCCAGAAUCCACAUCAGCCAGCUCUCAGCCAGGCUUUGACAAUCUCGCGGGCCCCACCAUUUGGACACAUUAGUCACUUGGUUUCUUCCCUGGGCAGCCUACCUGCCCCAGACCUGGGCUCUCAGCUUUAGAACUAGGCUGCCCGAAGGUACUCCCACCUGGUGCCUUCAACGAAGGAUGGUACUUCCCUGACAAGCCCCUAAGAUUUUACAGUAUAGAGUGGAAACCCUACUCCUGCCCCAUCCCUUUCUGCCCAACCUAGAGCCCAGGCCUCAAGUCCUUUGCCCCAUCCCUCUCUUGUUCUUCAGAGAGGCAGAUGCCCAGUUGUUUGGCAGCAGUGGUAGAGACUUAAAGCUGCCCACCAGUCACAAGGCAGGUCAGAUUCCCCUUCUUCUCUUCUUUUCCUCUGAACCCCCCACCAAUGUGCCUCGGCCCCUGUGCUGUGUGGCAACAGCAUUUCUUGGUGGAGGGGCUGGUUCCUACUGCCAAGACCCCCCCACCGCUCUGUUGGGAUCUGCGGUGGCAAGGGGUGGGGGUUGUGUGACUGGGAAGUCAUCCUUUGAGGACCAGAUAGACAUGGCUCGUGCACUUAUGUCCAGAUGGAAAGCAUCCUUCCUUGCAACCCUAAAAUACUCAUGCAGCUUCUCCCAGACAGCUGCUGUUGGUCCCAAGGCCUUAGGUCAGGGACGCAAAGCAGGCCAGCCCUUCUCCUGUCUUUGGACCUCCACCUUCUGGGUUCCCGAGGGGUGCAGAGCACUUGGACCUCUCUGCAGCCCGGUUAUGGCCCACUUGCCACUGAGCUCUCCCAUUGGCUGGCCACACACCAACAUGGUCAGGCCCCUGGGGCAGCUCCAGUGUCUCCCCAUAGGCCCUGAGGGGGUCCUUAUCCUGCUGCCCCCCUUCAUCCUUCCCCUUUUGUCCUGAAAGGGAGAGGCAACGGUCCAGGCACAAAUUCCACUGGGGGAAUUUUAGCUAUGCCCUCUUGUCCAGGGAGAGAGCCACCCGUCUGUUUUCCAUUUAUAUCAAGAUUGUUUGCAUACUUUUGUAAUGAAGGGGAGUGUCCAGUGGAAGGAUUUUUUAAAUUAUCUAUAUGGAUAACUCAAGUCCUUGCCAUUUGUAAUUUUGGUUCUGGAUUCCAAUUAGAAAAGCUCCUUUUGCAUAUGAGUUGACUGAUGUGAGUGUAAAUGCAUUUGGUUAUUUCUGAUAUCUGUGGCCACUUGGAUGAAUUUUUUUUUUUUACAUUCUGUUCCCGUUACAGAGAGGAGCCCCUUUGGUGUGUGAAUACGUGUGCCUGUAGGGGGUGAGGCAGGGUGGGGUGGGGGCGGGAAAUGUGUGGCAUGCACAUGAGUUAAAAUUCUACUUUUAUGCAUUUUUUUAAAGAAAUCUAAGAACAUAGGGGAUGUCAAUUUCCUAUGGAAGAGACACCUCUGACCUGUUAUUCUUAUAAGCAAAAUCUCAAGGGAAAAAAAUGUUUUAGUUCUUUCCCCACUUACUAGGUUCAAAUAGAUUAAAAGGCUGAUUUUCAGA